AUGGGGGAGCUGGAAAACACCUCCACCACCCUCCCACCCAGCCCUGCUUGCAGCAGCACAAUCAGGGAAUGUCCCGAGCUGGGGAGGGACCCACAAGGACAGAGCCCGAGUCCCAGGUCCGCCCCAAAACUCAAACUAGAAACGCUGAAGGCUGGGAGCCUGCCCCUGGGUGCAGAACCCGUGGGGAACUGCCCUGGGGGUCGGCCCCUUUGUGAACCCCCAGGGCUGGAAGAAGAGGAGGAGGAGGAGGAGGAGGAGGAGGAGGAGGAGGAGGAGGAGGAGGGCGGCCUUAUCCCUGCCCGGCUCCGCCCGGGGGCCGGCGGCCGCGUCCCCUCAGCCCCGCAGCGCCGCGGCCCGGCGAGGGGAGAACAAAAGGGCGGGCGGGCGGUGAAGGGAGGGAGGGGGGGGGAGAGAGAUAAAAGGCGCUGCGGGACACCCCCAUCGCCGCCACACAGCGCACCCCCAGCCCGCCCCUCAGCCCCGGCCCAUGUCCGAGCCCGGCCGCCGCCCGGCAUGGCCCGGCCGCCGCUGCCCGCCGCCGCCCUGCUCGCUGCCGCCCUCCUGCACUGCGCCCCCGCAGCGCCCGCCCGCCGCCCGCACAAGGCGGACGCGGCUCGAAAACAUCACCCCUGGAAGGAGCAGAGUCCCUGGCUGCUGCUGAACGCCCUCGGGACCGGCGUGCCCACCAAGGGCUUCCCCAUGGGGGCGGGUGAGCAGGCGGCUCGCUGGAACCCGCCCCGCUGCGGCGUGCCCGACCUGCCCGCGCUGCCCGACGGCCAGAACGGGCGCAACCGGCAGAAGAGAUUCGUCCUCUCGGGGGGGCGCUGGGACAAGACCGACCUCACCUACAAAAUUAUCAGGUUCCCGUGGCAACUUGUAAAAGCCAAGGUGAGAAGGACCAUCGAGGAGGCUCUGAAAGUCUGGAGCGACGUGACGCCGCUGACCUUCACCGAGGUGCAGGAGGGCCGGGCUGACAUCGUCAUCGAUUUCACGAGGUACUGGCACGGAGACAACUUGCCCUUCGACGGGCCCGGUGGGAUCCUGGCGCACGCGUUCUUCCCCAAGACGCACCGGGAGGGGGACGUCCACUUCGACUACGACGAGACCUGGACGAUUGGGAACAACCUGGGCACUGACCUCCUCCAGGUGGCUGCCCACGAGUUCGGCCACGUGCUGGGCUUGCAGCACACGGCUGUCUCCAAGUCUCUGAUGUCUCCGUUCUACAUCUUCCGCUACCCGCUGAGCCUGAGCGAGGAUGACAAGCAAGGCAUCCAGUACCUCUACGGGAAACCCAAGCUGGAUCCCGAGCCAACCCCGACGCAGCCAGCAGAGCUGCCCCAGCCAGACCUUGAAACGAACGAGAUCACCAACGUGGAGUCUGUGCAGCCCGACGCCUGCGACACGGCUUUCGACGCCGCGGCCACCAUCCGGGGCGAGCUGUUCUUCUUCACGUCCCGCUACGUGUGGCGGCUCCGAGCUGGGAAGCUGCAGGCCGGCUACCCAGCUCUGGCCUCUCGUCACUGGCAGGGGAUCCCGAGCUCUGUGGAUGCCACCUUCGAGGACCCCCUGGGCAAUAUCUGGUUUUUCCAAGAUUCUCAGUACUGGAUUUACGACGGCGAGAGGCGUGUCUCCGGUCCCACCCCGAUCGUGGAGCUGGGCCUCCCUGCUUCCCCCGUGCAGGCAGCUCUGGUCUGGGGGGCUGAGAAGAACAAGAUCUACAUCUUCAGCGGAGGCAACUACUGGCGCUUCAACCCUCACACCCGCCAGGUGGACAACAUCUACCCGCGGACCAUGGCCGACUGGCGCGGGGUCCCUCAGGAGAUCGAUGCUGCUUUUCAGGAUGAGUUUGGUUUUGCCUAUUUCCUGAGAGGCCGAGACUACUGGAAGUUCGAUCCCGUCCAGGUGAAGGUGCUGGAGGGCUACCCGCGCCCCAUCAGCCAGGACUUCUUCAGCUGCACCCCCUCCUCCAACUCCUUCAGAUGAGGGGGGUGCUUGCGGCCCCCCAUUUCCCUUCCAUCACCCCGACCUCCUGCAGCCACGCAGAGGGCUCCCUCUGCCAUUCCUGGCUUCCUCGCAGGCCCAGUGUCUGACACAGCGGGUGUCCGCCACAGCAAGCGGCAAAGUUUGCCCCUCUCCUCUUCCAGCAGCCCCAGCUUCAGUUGCUAUCCAUACAAAAGCGUCCGCCGUGUUCUUCACAGACGAGAGCCCUAAACCCUUAACUGGGACCAGGCUCUUCCAGCAAUAGCAUCCCACAAGCCAUCAAGCCGGCCUGGAAAGGGAUCACACUCUCCUAUUAACCCGGACCCCAUCACGCAGAGCUGCCUUGAUGGCAUUUCCUAUGUUUACGUAGGGCAGCCCUUGGGCUGUUCCAGCCUUGGAAGACACCUUCUGCUGAGGCAGCGUCCCCAGCGUGAGCCAGGGAGCCGUGAGGACACCGAGUGCCCGUGGGGGAGCUCGGGCAGCUCUGGGGGCUGUGGGGGGCCCCCACGAGCUCCCCAUGAACCUGGGUGCGGACCACGCGUGGCGCCGGGUCCCAGCGCUGGUCGCUGCCCUGGCGCUCACGCAGGCAGAGCAAAGGCGGCAGCAGCGGGCCGCGGGUGUAAAUGUUUGUACGACGUGUAUAAACCCUGCGAUAUAUACUGUGUAUAUAUUUAUGUACCAAUAAACCGCCUCUUUUCUACCUCC